UUCGAGUCAACUUGACGACUUUUAAAACCCAAUUUUAAUCACAGUUGUUGACCUACACUGAGGGCGUUUACUUCGCGCUUGGGAUAGACAGUAGAGGAUAUUGAACCCCUUAAUCCAUGGUGAUGGGAGCGGGCAAAGUUGCUGCGAUCAUUCUUGUUGUGGGCGCUGCCCUCGGUUACUACUAUACCGCCAAGAAUGCCCGACCCGAGAUUCCAGUGAGGACAGAGUCCAUGAAGGAAUAUGACUACAUCGUUGUUGGUGCAGGUUCGGCGGGAUGUGUGCUGGCAAACCGCCUCAGCGAGGACAAGAAUAAUAAGGUGCUGUUACUGGAGGCUGGAGACGAGGGUACGGCAAAGGAGUUGGAGGCCCCAGCAAUGGGGGCGGGGGAAGUCCACGGUCCAAGAUAUUGGAAGUACAAGAGUGUGAGGCAGGAGAAUGCUUGCGGGAAUUGGCCAAAUCGGGAGUGUCUCAUUCCCCGCGGUAAAACCCUUGGUGGUACAAGCGCCAUCAAUGCCAUGCUUUACGCGAGAGGCAACAAGGCGGAUUAUGACGGGUGGCAUGAAAUGGGAGCGACUGGUUGGAACUAUGAUAAUGUUCUACCAUACUUUGUCAAGGCAGAGAACACGGAGGCUAAGCAAUUUAGAAACUCGCCCUACCACGGAACCAAUGGUCCCCUAAAAACAACUCUCAUCCCAAACACACCCACUGGGGACUAUCUUCUAGCAGCAGCAGAGGAAUUGAAUAUCACCAGCGGUGACUAUAAUGCUGAAGAACAAAUCGGUAAGGUCUCGAAGUUUACAGCAAUGAUAACGUACCAGGGAGUUAUUUCUGUUAGUUCAUUUGUCUUUGCCAAGGCCCGUUGCCGUUCACGGUGUGCAUUAUGGCCAGUUUACCAUGGGUGGUUGAGAGAGGUCCAGCACAUCCAGGAUGUAUCUGUUCCGAGUCAUAGACAGGGAGAACUUGCAUGUUGUGGUUCAUGCACGCGUCAAAAAGAGUUCAUUUCUGUCCGAUCUGGUUUGCAGAUUCUUUUUAAAGGAGAUCUUACCACAGGUGUUGAAUACGCCACUCCUCUUUCUGAGCACGUCACGGUGCUGGCAAGGAAGGAGGUGAUCCUCUCAGCGGGAGCGAUUGGAAGCCCUCACCUCUUGCUGUUGUCUGGAGUUGGUCCAAAGGAGCAGCUAGAGAAACUUGGGGAGUUACAUCUCAACUCACCUCAAAGAUGGGAUUUCCUCUUUCUUUCCCAGAUCCCUGUCGUUGUUGACUUACCAGUUGGACAAAACGAUUGGUUUAGAACAGGCAUUUACAGCGCAGCAUAUGGGUGUGAUAUCCUUAUAUAUAUCAAGACAACUCUGCAGAGAGCAUCUUGGCCUGACAUACAAGUUCAAAUGAUGCCAAACCUUGCCACGAACGAUAUCGACCAGGAUGGGCUUGUUAAAAUAUUUAAGUGGGAUGAUAAGGUGAAGAGAGACUAUUACGCCUACAAGAAAGGUCAGCAUGGGAUAACGGCCAUUGUCAUGCUAACUAGGCCUGUAACAACGGGAUAUCUGCAGCUCAGGUCAAAGAACCCAGAAGAAGAUCCAAUCAUUCAACCAAACUAUCUAGCAGACGAUGAUGACGUGAAGCGGUUGAUUGAAGGUAUAAGAUUCAUGGAGAAGUUGAUAGGAACCAAAGCGAUGAAGAAAUUGAAUCCAAGACUUCGUGAAUCCGUGAGAAAGAUGCCCGGAUGUGAGCAUCUCAAUGCGGGAUCUGAUGAAUACUGGAGAUGCUACUUGAGGCAGAAUGUGCAGAGCAUGUACCAUCUGUCCGGAACCUGCAAGAUGGGGGCGGUAGCAGACCCAACCGCUGUAGUUGAUCCACAACUUCGGGUGAAAGGACUUCGAGGCCUCCGAGUGAUCGAUGCGUCCGUCAUGCCAUUUGUGAUAGCUGGGAACACGAAUGCGCCUACCAUCAUGAUAGCGGAGAGAGGGGCGGAUUUCAUCAAGGGAGUCAUGUCAGUAGAUCCUAUCGAUCUUACCAAGGAGAAAAAGAAUUACUAAAAGCGAAAACUGCUUCUUUCCUUAAAUGACAAUUUUGGAGAAAGUCCCUCGAAUCUGAGGAGUUGGGGCUUCCUAAUUACAUGCCCGAUAUAUAACUGUACUUAUACUAUGAUUAGGCUAGAUAUGAAUUAACUACAAUAUGUAACUUUUUAAAAGUGACGCUCAGAUGACAACUAUGUAUAAAGUUAUGUGCUUGUGCGACAAACAGUAUUAGAGUCGUGAGCAAAAAAUGCCUAAAACAUAUUUUGAACACUCUUAGGGAAGGCAGCCUCAGCCCGAUGAGGGCAAGGACAUAUUGUAUAGCCUAUAUUAUUUACACUCCGGAUGCAGUGGAUCGUCCUCGUCCCGUCACCCAUUCAGGAAAGACGACCAGGAUGACGAAAUGGACUGCAUCGGAGUCUAAUAUCAUUAUGACCGUGGGUUUGUCUAAACUGUUAUUAUAUCGAACCAUCGGAUUAGAUCAGUAAUCCCGAUGGCGAUAGAUGGCAGUGUUGGUGCCAAGUCAAAGACAACCGUUUCAAGAGUAAAUGUUUUUUUCCUACCCGGAUAACUUGGGGCAGAUAACUACAUUCUACCUCAAACUGGUCGAUAGACGAGUGUUAGAAUAGUGCAACUAUGUAUGUUUGGUCUUAACUGUUCGAUAUUUAUGUAUAGCACCCAUGACGUUCUAUUAUGCCAUUUUACCACCAGUCGCCAAUCUCUUGCCUAAAGUGAAAUCCAAUGUACAAUUAGUGUGAAAUGUAUAAAGGCGUCAAUCGAUAUGAACGUGACCAACUGUCAUAACCCGAACUGAAGCAACAUCUGGGUCUUUGAAUCUGUCUCCAUUUUUUUGGUAACUCUUUGACUUUCACCGUACUGAAAUAUCCUACUUUAGUUGUUGUUUUUGCAUUAAUACCGCAAGCUAAUUGGUAUUGGAACUUUCGACCAAUCAGGCUAGAGAACACUAAUUGGUUGUCUGUCAUCAUACCAUGCAGGCGGUGUUAGUAUAUGCAUCACCGUGAUAAAGUGUGGUGAAAGUAGUUGUUUUUCGUGAUGCUGGAGAAAAACAAGGACAGUCUUGGACAUCAAACAUGCUGUCGAGUGGAACUAAGGCUAGGAACCCACAUAAUUAUCUAUUCCUUGUGAUAUGGAUGUACAUUUAUUCUACAUGUCUGUGGCCGGACAAACAGGUUUACGCUUACGGGCAUGGCGGUAACUUCAUGUGCCCAGAUAAAUGCCAAUGCGAUUUUCGAUUGGCAAAGGUCGCCUGCAUCAAUACGCAAUUCACGGAUGUGAACGUUUUCAAAAAGUUACCGGAGCACACUAGGGAAGUUAUAUUCACUGGAAAUUUCAUCCCUGAAAUUCCGUCUCAACUUUUGGGUGAGUGUAAUAGUUCUUAUACCCAUCACAUUCUCCUUGAUAAGUUAGAUUUGUCCAAUAACAGCAUCAUGACGAUACGGUCUGACAGCUUCAUGUGCAUGCGGCGGUUACAGUCGCUCAAACUCAACUACAAUCAUUGGGAAAUAAAGAACCACACAGGAG